AAUAUCUAGUUCAGAAGACAGAUAAACUUGAAUGAUCGUGUUGCUUUCAAGAACCAAAUAACGCGUAUAGCCAGUCAUUUUUGAGUUAAUUGUUGAAGUGAAAAAAUAAUCUUAAAAAUGAGCAGUGGUUUUAUUUCUGCGACUGAACUUGCCGAACAACGCAAAAGACGUCAAGAAGAGUGGGAAAGAGUACGAACAGCUGAUCAACCCGCAGAGGCUCCAGAGGAGCAGUAUGAUCCAAGAUGUCUCUUUGACAGGUUGCAGGAGCAAAAAAACAAAAAAGAUGCUGAAUAUGAGGAAGCUCACAAACUAAAAAAUAUGAUAAAAGGUCUGGAUGAUGAUGAAGUGGAAUUUUUAGACCUAGUAGACAGACAAAAAAUGGAUGAAGAGCGAAAAAAACACCUAGAAGAAGAAAAAGAAAUGCGUGAAUUCAAAGAAAAAGUUGCUUCUUUACAAGAAAAAAGCUUAGAUGCGCGAUUAAAACAAGAAUUAAAGCAACCCCAAUUGACUAAUAGAGUGACAGUCAGCAAUAAAAAUUCACAACUAAAGCUGUUGGCAGGUGUAGUUAAAAAACCUAUGAAAUCAAGCGGUGGAUCUCCUCCCAAAGUAGGUGAAAAAAGGAAAUUAUCUGAUAGUGAAAAAACUGAAGAUAAUUCUCAAAAAAGUGAGAAUAAUCAUGGAAUAAUUACUACUAACCAAAACUCAAAUCAAACAACCAAGAAUAAUGUUAUCACUGUUUCUUCAGAUGAUCCAGAAUUCAAGUCUGGUGCUUUAAAAUGUGUAGGAAUAUUACCUGGAUUAGGAUCUUAUGAUAACUCAAGUGAUAGUGAAGAUAGUUCAGAUUCUGAUGAUGAUGAAGUGCAUUGUAAAAAAUCCAAGAGAGAUUUUAUUGGUCGCGAAACAAUGAAUCGAAAAUUAAAAGAUGAAGAUUAAUUUUAUCUAGAAUCUUAAAAUUAGAAUAAACAUCUAUUUUUAAAU